UCUCUCUCUCUCUCUCUGGAAAAAGGAUCGUGCACCUUUCAAAAACCCUAGAUUACACAAAAAGAGAUUAGGUUCCCAAUCCUCUCCGGCGAUCAUCCUCGAUUGAAAUUGGGAUCACGGUGAGCAUCUCAAACCUCGAAUCGACUCUCGAUCGAAGAGUAAAUCAAAUCGCAGGUUACAAAGAUUGGUCUACUCUGUGUUGAGAGAUGAGCUCACAAGAGUCUAGAACAGCAAGCCGAGGGAUUCGACGGAGGAAAGCUGUGAUUGAUCUGAACGAGGUACCCAGAGAUCACGAAGGGACGACCUCCUCCGCUUCCAUGAGAGAAGCUCCUCCUACGGUGGUGCCUACUGUACCUUCUCAGCCUGUUCCUACGAUGAUUGAUGUCGAUGCUAUUGAAGAUGAUGUUAUCGAGUCAUCCGCAAGUGCCUUUGCUGAAGCUAAGAGCAAAUCAACAGGUGCACGUCGGAGGUCGUUGAUGGUUGAUGUAGAGUCAGGUGGUUUGACGAGAUUGUCUGCCAACAAACGAAGAAGGAUUCCUCCUAACCAACCUGUCAUAGACUGUGAGCAUGUCUCUGUAGAUGUGAGAGAGUCUAGCCCAAAGCCUCCACCACCACCACCAGAGGAGCCAAAGUUUUCUUGUCCGAUUUGUAUGUGCCCGUUCACAGAGGAGACGUCAACCAAAUGCGGUCACAUCUUCUGCAAGGGAUGUAUAAAGACGGCAAUAUCUCGCCAAGCCAAAUGCCCUACUUGUAGGAAAAGGGUGACUGUUAAAGAGCUGAUUCGCGUAUUCCUUCCAACCACCAGAUGAUUUAUACAUCAACUGUCACCAGUCACCUUGUCUAACAGCUCUAUCCUCGAAUUCGCUUUGGAACAUUUGGAGGGAGUACAGUGACUUGUGUUUUAGAUUGAAUGUUUCACUUUAUUGGAAGAGAAAUAUUCAUUGUUUAAGAAGGCCCUAUCAUUUAAUGGAUAUCAUUGGUAAUAUUGGAUUUGUUCUGUUUCCUAGUUGUUGUUUAUGUAAUUUAGGUACCUGCAAACAUCUCAGACGAUGCCUUACUCUCUGAUAGAUGAAAAAUAUAUAUAUGGAUGAAACAAAAUUUGAUACUGAAUCUCAACUUUAUUGUUGCUUUCUGAUCUUAUGUGUAUGCCAGUUCUCUCAUCUCAGAUUUACUGAUAAAUGCGUCAAGUAUCUCUUUAUGGUCAGACUGGGGAUAUAUUAGCGUUCCAUGCACUGGAGCUAGAGUACCAUGAUAGAUUACAAAGGCCAAUAGACAAGGGUUUCAAUCAUGUUAUAUGGUUCUGACUUCUGACUUUUGUUCACUUUUCUUGAAGGAUGCGUUGGGCUAUAGAUGCAUCAUCAUUCUUGGCAAAGUCUGAGGAAGACAAUGGAACCACAUUUCUUUUGUUGUGAACAUCAAUUGAAACCACAUCCACCAAGAGUGUUUUUUAGUGCAUGAUAAGUGUUUUGGGCGAAGUUGCCUAGUCGUUGCUUUUCUCUUUUGCUUUGGGGUAUACUUUUAUAACAACAAAGUUUUCUUUUUCUCCCGUUCUCAUGAUCGUGCCGUCAGACCAACAGUGAAGUGUUUCUCGUGUUUUAUCUUCCGACAUAGCUUAUACAAUUGUACCUCAUGUCCAGAAUCGAAAGAUAUAAAAGGAUAAAUCUUAUAUGACA